AUGGCUCAAAGCGACCAAAACAGAUCCGACAACACAAUUUAUAAAUGGAGUAAUUGGAUUCCAGUUGAAGAGACAACGGGCCAUUUGUUUACAGUGUGUAGGGUAAUGUCUGGAGUGUGGUUCUCUAUCGCUUCUUGGUGUAAUAUAGCUCCUUUCUUCGUUUUCUCUAUUAAGGAUAUUCUUCAAGUGAUAGAUUACAUGUCGGCCUCGGAUCCAAAGAAAGAGAUAGUGUAUGGCAUUCUUGUAUUGACAUGCUGGCGAGUUUGGAAGGCAAGAAAUGAUAAAGUUUUUUCCGAUAUUGACACAGACGUGGUUAAGAUUGUUUCUGACAUAAAAUCGUUGAGAUACUUGUGGCAUAGGAGUAGAAGUAAGAAGGGUUCGAUUGAUUGGAAAGGAUGGUGUAAUUUCGGUUCAAUUUGA